AAGCGUUACAUCAGCUAACUUUGCUGUCCAGUGAGUCUCUCUCUUUCUCUCUCCUGCCUUGUUUGAAGGUUCAUCUCUGUUUCAAUGACUUUUCAAUCUUUUACUUUCCUCCUCAACUAUGCUCCACCUGGUCAGCCGCCACUAACCGGAAACAAAAUCCCCAUUCUUUUCUUUAGGGUUUCAUUUUUCUGUGCGGUGGAUUUUACACUGAGAAAUAAUUUGGUUCUGCUAUAUGAGUGAUUUAUGGGGAUAGAAUUUAGUCAAGUUUGAGAUGGAAAUGACCGAUUAUUGUAUUUCUUGUAAUGAUUGAAGCAGAUAAACCUUAAAUUUGGGAUUUUUAUAGGAUGGGUGUAGUUGAAUUUAUCCUUCUCUGUGUUUUAGUUAUUCAGUUACUGAAUCCUCUUGUAAAUGGGUGGACAAAAGAUUGCAUUGCUAGUAAAUUUACAUAUUCGAGGUCUUCAGACCAACAAGACUUGUUUUACAUAAAUGGGAACAAAGUAGGAAAGGAGUCUUUCUGCAAAGCUCUUGAAUACUGCUAUCAAACUGUGAUUUUAUUUGAUACCAUCUCCGAGGAAGAACCGGGAGGAGGAGGAGGAGGAGCUGGAAGGAAGCAUUGUGACUUCAAAAUUUCAUCAGGAGGUUUGCCUCAAAAGGUUAGGAGAAAAUUUUUGUUGGGAUCAACAAGAGACAUAUCUGCAGCUAAUCAGGCCGAUCAAAAGAAAACAUCAGCGGAAGAAAAGCACAGUGGAAAUACUUUGUUAACCACCAAAACAGUAGGGAUGGCAGUAGCUGGGAUGUUCCUUCUGUGUUGCAGUUUUAUUUGUCCAUGCUUUCGCUCAAGAAAGAAGGACAUAUCUGAAGUCGGCCUAACCAAAGACCAUAGUACCAAUUCAACAUCCUCACUGGGAAGUACUUCUUCUGAAAAACUACCAGGCAGCCCAGUUCGCACGCCAGCCAGCCCAUUUAAAGUGCCACCUAGUCCUUCUCGAUUCUCAAUGUCACCCAAAUCGAGUGAAAUUGGAUCUGUACACCUAAGCAUGAGUCAAAUACUAAAAGCCACUCAAAACUUUUCCCCAUCUCUACUGAUAGGUGAAGGAGGAUUUGGAACUGUCUACAGGGCUCAGUUACAAGAUGGUCCAGUUGUUGCUGUUAAACGUGCAAAGAAGGAAAACCUUAACAGUCUACAAGCUGAGUUCAGCAGUGAAGUUGAGUUGCUAUCAAAAAUUGAACAUCGAAAUUUAGUCAGGUUACUUGGCUACGUAGACAAAGGGAAUGAGCGCAUUAUAAUUACUGAGUUUGUUCCUAACGGUACUCUUAGGGAGCAUCUGGAUGGUCAGCAUGGGAAAAUACUAGAUUUUUAUCAGCGCCUAGAAAUAUCCAUAGAUAUUGCUCAUGCACUGGCCUAUCUUCAUCUUUAUGCAGAAAAGGAAAUAAUCCAUCGAGAUGUGAAGUCAUCCAACAUCUUGCUGACAGAAAACUUGAAGGCUAAGGUGGCUGAUUUUGGCUUUGCAAGAGCUGGGCCACAAGAGGUUGAGAAAACACAUAUAUCAACAAAAGUGAAAGGAACAGCAGGGUACCUCGACCCUGAGUACCUGAGGACCUAUCAACUCACCACCAAGAGCGAUGUAUUUUCAUUUGGAGUUUUGCUCAUAGAAAUUCUUACUGCACGUAGACCAGUUGAGAUGAGAAGGGCUGCUGAUGAAAGGAUCACAGUUAGAUGGGCUUUCAAAAACUACAAAGCUGGAAAACUGGUGGAGAUGUUGGAUCCCUCAAUGACUGAAGCUGUACACAUUGAGAUUUUGUCGAAAAUGUUUUCUCUGGCUUUCCAGUGUGCAGCACCUACACGGAGAGACCGGCCUAAUAUGAAAGAAGCUGGAGAGCAGUUAUGGGAAAUCAGGAUGAACUACCUGAAGAGUGGUAAGAGAGGAGGGUGAUUUUAUACUUUAGGUGGUCAAUUUGUUAGCUGGACCAUUUUCAGUUCUACAACGGUUGAAACAAAAUUAUAGAAACCAACUAAAAAAGGAAGCAGAUUUUUUGUUUAAACUUUGAUUGUUUGUACCAUGGUCAUCUAACCCCUCUAGAUGAGCUACAUUGUAAUAUAGUACACCUUCACGCCUCCUUUCUAUGGGUCAUGGCUUAUAGGUGUUUUUUUUUUCUUUUCAUUUUUUAACCCAACUGACUCGUCUAAAUGCAUUUGAUUCAAAAAUAGGAUCUAUUACUCUA